AUGAAUCAAUCUAUACAAGGUCGUCCACCUUAUCCACCUUUUACAAAAGAAAGUGCUAUUCAAAAAGUUCGUGCUGCUGAAGAUGCUUGGAAUAGUCGUGAUCCACAACGUGUCUCUUUGGCCUAUAGUGAAAAUAGUCGUUGGCGUAAUCGUUCUGAAUUUAUUAAUGGUCGUGAAGAAAUUAUUGCAUUUCUUACUCGUAAAUGGACCAAAGAACUUGACUAUCGUUUAAUCAAAGAACUAUGGGCUUAUGAUGGAAAUCGUAUUUCUGUACGUUUUGCUUAUGAAUGGCAUGAUGAUUCAAGUAAUUGGUUUCGAUCAUAUGGUAACGAGAAUUGGGAAUUUGAUGAACAAGGAUUAAUGACUCGACGUUAUGCUUCUAUUAAUGAUUUACCAAUUAAGGAAGAAGAACGUAAAUUUCGAUGGACACUUGAAAGACGACCAGAUGAACAUGUUGGAUUAACAGAUUUAGAUUUAUGA